AUGAAAUUUAGUCAUCUAAUUACAAGCCUAAAUAUAUUUUAGAUUUUAGAAAUUCGAAAAUUUAAUAAAAUUAGGAUAUCAACUAAAAAAUAGAUUAGAUCACUUUUAAAAGUUAAUAAAUUAGCUACUAAAAUCCAAAAAUCAAACUUUAUACUUAAAGAGAGCAAUCUGAAAUUAGUACCUCACCAAUAAAUAAAGCUGAUUCAACAACCAAUAAUAGAUAAAAUACUCAUGAAAUUAGUUAGCAUGAUUCCUUAUAAAUUCCUAUUUUUAAAUAGCAAAAUAAAAGUAAAUAAUAAGUAUAAGAAAUGCUAAAUAGAUAGUUUGAUAGUAAAAUAAUUUAUGAAAAAAAUAUUUCAUUGCUAGAUGAAAACACAAACUAUAAAAAUAAUUCUAAACUAGAUAAAAAAAUAUAAAAUAUUUAUAUUUAAUUAGCAAACUUAAUUAAGAACAGAGUAGCUUCAACACAAAUUCAUAGCUUUUUAUUUGGAAACAGAUUUUGCAAAAAAAGGAGUCAUAAUGAUGGAUAAUGCUUACUUUCAAGAUAAAAAGAAAAAAUAUCUUCUUAAAUAUGCAAAGAUUUGA